AAUAUGGCAGUUUCGGGUUUACUAUUCUUCAUGGCUCUUUGAGCUGAAAAUAGUAGACAACCGUAACUUCUCAUCAUAUAACUUCUUUUUAAAGAUAAAAUAAAAAAAUCCUCAUUCACUUCCGUUAUGCUUUCUAAGACCUGGAGACACCAAAUACCCUCAAGUAAAACCCAACAACUCUGAGAUUCCGGCGUCUUCUCACCGGAAACUCCAUAUUCCCGCCAAAUGGUGGCCAGGAGUUCGCCGGACUGGCUCCCGCCCGGAUGGUCUGUCCAAUCCAGAUCCCAAAAGAGAGGUCGCAAAAUUGUGUUUUAUACCCAUUUGGAAACUGGGAAAAAGUUCUUUUCUAAAGAUGAUGCUAUGCGCUAUAUCAAAAUGCAAAACACUCACGGCGAAAAGCCUCAGCCAACUUUGGUGAAAAUCCCAGAUCACUCAGAAGAAGUCCCUUCUCAACUUGAAGUGGACCCAACGGAAUGUCCUGAAUGGUUGCCUAACGGUUGGAAAGUGGAGCUGAGGACACGACAGAGUGGUGUGCAAGUUGGAAAAGAAUACAAGUGUUACAUUGAUCCCUUCAGAGAAUGUACAUUUUAUUCCAAGCCAGAGGUAUUUCGAUAUCUCAAAACUGUAAAACGGAAGAGCUCAAAGUCUGGAACUCUAACUAUAAGCAGCAAGAGAUGCAUAACGGAAAAGAAGGCUGUCACUACCAUGCAGUUGGCAAAAAAUGUUUAUGUUGAGAAACAUCAUGUGGAGGAUUUACCACCAGGAUGGAUAAAGGAGAUCAAAGUUACAAAGUAUGCAAAUCGAUUUAGAAGAGACCCGUAUUACACAGAUCCCAACUCUGGAUACGUAUUCCGCUCCAAAAAAGAUGUUAUUCGCUAUCUUGAAACUGGAGAGAUGAGUAAAUAUGCAUUUAAACCCAAGAAUAUGUGCAAUAAUGAUCUGAAGUUGGUUAAUGAUGAUAUUGCACCAUCAUCUACCACCAAAAUGCAAAAACAUGAGCACCCAGUCACGAGGAGACAGCUAUCACAGCCAAAAGUUGAACUCUCUGACAAACGUGAAGGUAAAAGGUCAUUGCUUGAAGGUGAAGGUUCUGCGAUAGAUCCAGGCAAAAUGAGUUCUGCUCGAGAUGAGCCUGUUUUGACUCCUGCUGCUUAUACCUUGAAUGAGAACAAUUCACUUGAACCUGUGAUGGAAAAAAGCAAUGUGAGAAGAGCCCUUGUACACUCGGGCAAAUCGAAAAACAAGGAAAUGCUUAAUUUGUCUCGUCGGUCCUCAAAACGACUUGCUAGGAGCAGGUUAGAACUACCAGAAACUGAAAUCUCCAAGUUACUAGACAAAGGAGUAUCCUCUGAAAGUGUAGUAGACUUUGCUUCAACAACUGAUGUUAUCCAAGAGAAGCAUUUAACUGGGAACAUACUGGAAAAAUGUGCCAAAACUAAGGAAGAUUGUUCUCCAGACACUUCAAUGGAAAAAAGCAAUGUCAGAAGAACCCCAAUAGACUCGAGCAAAUCAAAAAACAAGGAAAUGCUUAAUUUGUGCCGUCGGUUCUCAAAACGACUUGCUGGGAGCAGGUUGGAACUACCAGAAACUGAAAGCUUCAAGUUGCUAGACAAUAGGGUACCCUCUGAAAAUGGACUGGCCUUUGCUUCGACAGCUGGGGUUGUCCAACAGAAAAAUUUAACUGGGAACUUGCUUGAAAAAUGUGCCAAAACUAAGGAAGAUUGUUCCCCAGACACUGUGAUGGAAAAAAGCAAUGUCAGAAGAACCCUGGUAGACUCGAGCAAAUCAAAAAACAAGGAAAAGCUUAAUUUGUCUCGCCGGUUUUCAAAACGACUUGCUGGGAGCAGGUUGGAACUACCGGAAACUGAAAUUUCGGAGUUGCCAGACAAGAUGGUACCCUUAGUAAGUGGAGUUGCCUUUACUAUGACAGCUGAUGUUGUUCAAGAGAAGCAUUUAACUAAUAACAUGCCGGAAAAAUGUGCCAAAACUAAGGAAGAUGGUUCUCCAAGUGGGUCAUCACACCCAAAAGCUGAACUCUCGGAGAGACAGGAAGGAGAAAGGUCAUUGCUUGAAGUUGUAGGUUCUGUGAUAGACCCAGGAAAAAUGAUGUGUGCUGGAAAUGAGCCCGUUUUGACUCCUGCUUCUUCCACCCUGAAUGAGAAUAAUUCGCAUAAGACUGUUGAGAAAAAAAGCGACGUCAGAAAAGCUCCAAUAGGCUCGAGCAAAUCCAAAAACAAGGAAAAACUUAUUUUGUCUCGUCGGUCCUCAAAACGACUUGCUGGGCUUGAACCAGAGGAGGUUGCUAACUUGGCUUCCAGUGAACGAGCUGUUCAAGCUCCAACUAGGAAGCCUAGUAAAAGUGAUACCAGUCAAGACGUAGGUUUGGCUUCAGAUCUAGUAAACAGAGCAUCUCAGCAGCUUGGGGCUGCAUCAGAAGCAGAGGUUUCACAUCAUGCUUUAACUGGCAUAAAAUCUGUAUCUCAUGAGGACAAGAUGCCAAUUGAUGACCCAGUGGUUCCCAGAGCGCAACAAGAGCUGGAAACUGAGAAAAUGGAUGCUGAGAAGCCAGAGCCAGAGCUCAGCUUUCUGUUUGGUUCAGACCCAUGCUUAGAAUUCGCAUUCAAAACACUUACAGGGGAAUUGCCAAUAGCUGAUACUAUGUAUAACAGAUCUAUUUUGAGACCUGCAGCUGAUAUGCUGCAUAAAAAAAAUUUACUUGACAGUGGGAUGGAAAAGAACUGCAGUAGAAACAAAUCCAAGAAAAAUAAAGAUCUUAAGUUCUCCAGUUGGUCUUCAAAACAGUAUGCUGGGGUUCAACCUGAGCUGCUGGCUAAUACUACAUCCAAGGAACGAGCUAUCCGAAAUGCAACUGAAAAUUCAUGUCAAAGUAUAGCCAUCCCCGCUGUGGAUUUGGCAGAUGAAGCAUCUCAACCGCUUGAGAUUACACCAGUGGUGAAGCUUGCCAGUCGUGCUUGUACUGCUAUAUACAAUUCAAUGCAAGAGGAGACGUCAUACAAGAGUGCGAAGGUUCUUGAAGAGCAUGCUGUUCCUCAGGAGAAACUCCAGAAGUUUGAAACUGAGAAGGCAUAUGUUGAGAAUCCAGAGCCACAGUUCCCUUUCCCUUUCACGGAUUCAUGGUCUGACCCAUGCCUCGAUUUUGCAUUCAAGACUCUUACAGGUGCAAUUCCAUUAGAGGAUGAUUAUUAUCAAGGUUACUUCCAAGAAAAACUUGACACAUCUCACAAUAUGGCACUAUCAGAUUUUGGCUCACCUAGCUUGUUUCGAAGUGAUAAUUUACCUCAGUUCGAUCUGCCAGAACAAUCUGCUUCUGGCCAACAGUUAUCCAUGAAUUCUGCAUUCCUGCCUUCAGGAAAUGUGAGCAUGCCAAAUUGCAGUGGAAUUGGUUCAGGCCAACAGUUAUCUAGGAAUCCUUCAUCCCUCCCAGCAGGAAAUGUGAGCAUUUCAAAUUGCAGUGGGGUUUGUUCAGGCCAACAGUUAUCCAUGAAUUCUGCAUUCCUGCCUUCAGGAAAUGUGAGCAUGCCGAAUUGCGGUGGAAUUGGUUCAGGUCAACAGUCAUCUAGGAAUCCUUCAUCCCUCCCUCCAGGAAACGUGAGCAUGUCAAAUUGCAGCGGGGUUUGUUCAGGCCAACAGUUAUUUAGGAAUCCUACAUCCCUCCCUACAGGAAACUUGAGCAUUUCAAAUUGCAGCGGGGUUUGUUCAGGCGACCAGUUAUCCAUGAAUUCUUCAUUCCAGCCCGCUGGAAACAUGAGCACAUCAAAUUUCAGUGCGGUGUGUUCAGGCCAACAGUUAUCUCUAAAUUCUUCUUUACUGCCUGCCGGAAGCUUGGUUGGUUCGCAGUGGCCUUGCGUAGAUGAUUAUCAUGGAAAGGUGAAGUCGUAG